AUGGCGAAUGUGGACGUUCGUCCCAGUCCUAUCCCACCAUUGGAGCGGAGGUUGCAAGACGACCAAGCCUACGAAGAAGAUGGUCUGUCUCACAAACAUAUGUCUGUCACCAGAUAUGCUGUCACUAGAUUCACGACGUUGAAGCCACCGAUGGCCAAGGCUCCCAAUCCAUUCAAGCUGCUAGCCAUGCUGAAUACCCAGCAAUGGCUUUUCUUCUUGGUCGCAUUCUUCGGUUGGUCCUGGGAUGCCUUCGACUUCUUCACAGUUUCCCUCACUGUCUCCGACCUGGCCGAGGAUUUUGGUAAAUCGAACAGCGAUAUCACUUGGGGGAUCACGCUGGUCUUGAUGUUUCGUUCACUUGGCUCAGCCAUCUUCGGCAUUGCUGCAGAUCGCUACGGACGCAAAUGGCCCUUCGUUAUCAACAACAUCCUCUUCAUAGCCCUUGAACUCGGCACCGGCUUUUGUCAAACCUACAAGCAGUUUUUGGCGGUGCGUGCACUAUUUGGGAUUGCCAUGGGUGGCCUGUACGGCAACGCUGCUGCUACAGCCCUGGAGGAUUGCCCCCCAGCUGCCCGCGGUAUCAUUUCAGGCAUGCUUCAGCAAGGUUACGCCUUUGGUUACCUGCUCGCCACCGCUUUUUCACGGGGCCUUGUGAAUACUACUUCCCACGGAUGGAGGCCUCUUUUCUGGUUCGGUGCCGGCCCUCCUGUUCUCAUCAUCCUUUUUCGUCUCUGUCUUCCGGAGACCAACACCUUCAGAGCUCGCCAGGCCCUCCGCGAGCAGCAAGGCAGUAUAGCUAGCACUUUCAUAUCUGAAGGUCGAGUCGCUCUCAAGCGUCACUGGCUGCUGCUUAUCUAUCUUAUAUUGAUCGCCACGGGUUUCAACGCGAUGAGCCAUGGUUCUCAGGACCUGUAUAACACCUUGCUAUCCAUCCAGUUCCGGUUUUCUCCUGAUGCCGCUACGGUCACUCAGGUUGUGGCAAAUCUGGGGGCUAUGACGGGUGGAACGGUGGUAGGUUACUCUUCGCAGAUUUUUGGACGACGACUUAGCAUUAUCUGCAUCUGCGUUGUGGGUGGAGCUCUUUUGUAUCCGUACACUUUUGUGAGCUCCAAGGCCGUGAUUGCUGCAGCCUUCUUCGAGCAAUUUUGCGUGCAAGGCGCAUGGGGCGUUAUCCCUAUCCAUUUGAUGGAACUUUCCCCCGGCUCUAUUCGAACAUUUGUGGUAGGUACUUCCUACCAACUCGGAAACCUAGCCUCCUCUGCUUCAUCAACUAUUGAAUCCAGAAUCGGCGAACGGUUCCCGCUUCCACCCCUCCACAGGGAUGGCAAGACUAUCAAGCGCUACGAUUACGGCAAGGUUAUUUGCAUUUACAUGGGUACCGUGUAUGCGUACACCAUCCUUGUGACCUUUAUUGGGCCAGAGAGGAGAGGGCGUGAUUUGAGCGUUGAGCACGAUACAGACAUGGCAGAGGUCACACACCGUGAUCUGAGACACCAGCGGGAUGAGGAUGUUGUCCAUGGAGAUUUUAGUGACCCGGACAAGGCUACAGAGCACCCACAGGAGAAAAUUUGA